GUAAACGAUAUCGAAAUAUCUAAAAGAAGCGAUAUAUCUAUUCGAGUACAGAUAUAUCGCCAACACUACCACGGAGAUAACUGCCGCUUUACAACGAAGAAAAUAAUGAGUUUCUCAUCAACUCAUGUGACACAAGAAGCAUUCGGUGAAAUAAGAACAUCGGACGGAAUCCAACCUGUUACCCAAUUCACGUUGACUAAUCCACUUGGAGUUAAGGUGCAAUUCAUCACCUAUGGUGCCUCAGUUACCAACGUUUUCGUUCCCAACAAGAAAGGAGAACUUCAUGAUGUUGUACUGGGUUUUGACGAUAUGGCAGGGUAUCUAAAACAUGAAAACCCUUACUUCGGCUCUACAGUAGGGCGGGUAGCCAACAGAAUUGCAAAAGGGCAUUUUAAUUUAAACGGUAUUGAAUUUCAACUGGCAAAAAACAACGGCGAUAAUCACCUGCACGGAGGAACUGUGGGAUUCGAUAAGGUAGUUUGGCAAGCCUACGCUCACCGAGACGGUAGGAUUACUUUCACUCAUUCGAGUCCCCAUUUGGAAGAGGGUUACCCCGGUCAUCUGUUCACUCAAGUGACCUACACGUUAACCGAUUCCAACGAGUUAAUAAUAGAUUACAGAGCGCUGACAGACAGGCCAACACCGGUCAAUCUCACCAAUCAUUCGUAUUUCAAUUUGGCCGGUCAUAACGCUGGAAGUCAGCAACUGUUGAAUCAUCACAUUCAACUGUGUGCUAAUCAGUACACCCCCGUUGACUCUGGGCAGAUCCCUACUGGACGGGUUGCUAAUGUGGACGGUACGGUUUUUGACUUAAGGUCAGAAACGCUACUGAAAGACGUUAUCGCGAAAAUUCCGGGUGGUGGCUACGAUCACAACUUUGUUAUCAACGAUAGCAAGAACAAAUUCGACAACAAACUACCCUUGGUAGCCAAAAUUUGGCAUUCGGAGUCCGGUCGAAUAAUGGAGUUAUUCAGUGAUCAACCAGGUUGUCAAAUUUAUACGGGUAAUGGUUUUCCAGCAGAUGGUUCGUUAGUUGGCAAAGGCGGCACAGUUUACUCAACUCACGCUGGCUUGGCCAUUGAAGCACAAAAUUUCCCUGACGCUAUCAAUCAGCUCCGCGUUUCCAGCCACAUUUUCCAGGAUCCGUUCUUCAACCAGGUGAAGUGUAUCACCGUACUAUCGUCUACAAGUUUGGUACCCAAUAGUGACCAGAUAAUUGAUGUAGUAAUUUCUUUAAAUUUGAUUUAGUAAAUUUCUACAUUUUAUUGCUAUUUCAUUUUUUUCUCGUUAUUCAAAUACAUUGCUCAAUUCGA